CAUGAUGUAGCCAGUACAAAGAAAAGCAACAAACAAAGAAUUUAAAUACAUCCAAGUUAAUUUUCUUUACUACGUAUUAAAAAAUGUUACCUUUUUCACGUUAGUAGUAUUCCACAAACCAAAAUCAUGAGUUCUGAUAGAGCUGUACUGAACAUUAAGUUUAAUCAAGAUCAAGGUUGUUUUUCCUGCUCAAUGGAAAGUGGGUUACGAAUAUACAAUGUAGAUCCUUUAGCAGAGAAAGCUCACUACGAUUUCGAUCUAAUGGGUAGCGUUGCACAUUGUGAAAUGUUGUUACGAACAAAUAUUAUAGCAAUAGUGGCUGGAGGUUCACGCCCAAAGUUCGCUGAUAAUACCUUGUUAUUAUUUGACGAUGCAAGCAAGAAAUUUGUUUUAGAAUUAACAUUUUCGUCAUCUAUUAAAGCAACUAGGCUGAGACGAGAUAAAUUAGUUGUCGCUCUCUUAACACAUAUACACGUUUUUUCAUUUCCGUCACCAAUUCAGAGGUUAUUCUCCUUAGAAACUAGAGACAAUCCACUUGGUUUAUGUGAAAUGAGUCCCUUAGCAUCAGCAGAGAAACAAAUUUUGAUAUUCCCAGGACAUAAAGUGGGAAGUGUUCAAAUUGUGGACUUGACCAACACAGAAAUUGGAUUUUCCUGCGCGCCUGUGUGCAUAACAGCUCACAAAAACGAAGUAGGUUGCAUAGCUCUCAAUCAGCAGGGUACUCGCAUUGCAACAGCGUCAAAUAAAGGAACAUUGAUCAGAGUAUGGGAUUCGGUCAGUAAAAACUUGUUGGUUGAACUGAGAAGGGGUUCAGACCAGGCGACUGUUUAUUGUAUAAACUUUAGUAGAGAUUCUGACUUCUUGUGCUGUUCAAGUGAUAAGGGAACGGUGCAUAUUUUCGCAAUAAAAAAUACAAACUUAAAUCGGCGUAUGACAUUAUCUAACUUGGGCAUUGUGUUAGGUAAUUACGGAGAAUCGCAGUGGGCAUUAGCAAAUUUCACAGUACCUCCUGAAUGUGCUUGUGUGUGUGCCUUUGCACCUCACAGUGCCGUCAUAGCAAUCUGCUUAGAUGGAACGUUUCACAAAUAUGUUUUCACUGCUGAUGGCAACUGUAGUAGGGAAGCGUUUGAUGUGUUUCUAGAUGUCUGUGAUGAUGAUAAUAAUUUACAGUGAUGCCACACAAAGAAUUACAUGUGUACCUACUAUUUAUAUACUUAGACGCAUACUUAAAAUCUAUUUUUAUUGGAUACUGAUACUAUGAAACAUUUUGUUAAUAAACUUGGAAAUUGUUAUA